GGAUUGAAACAGAUUGUACGACUCUACGGGUCGCAAUGGCUACUGCACCGCAAGGACAACAAGUUUUACUGUUCAGUUAAACAAGUUCUAUGUGAGGAACACGCUGGGCGGAUUCGUCUAAGACACUCUUUUUAAUGUGAGACACUCGUAGGACAAACAGAAAAAUGUCCCAGGGAUGUAUAACUUCUGUGGAGGAGAUCCAGUCUUGGUGGGAAGUCCCCGCCAUAGCGCACUUCUGCUCUCUCUUCAGGACGGCGUUCAAUUUACCAGACUUUGAAAUCGAGGAACUUGAGCAAGCACUACUGAAACAAGACCAAGACUUCCUCUCAGACCUCCUUUGCUCCCUGCUGAAAGGAUGUUAUCAACGCAGCGACAUCACGAUUCAGUCCUUUAGCAGUUAUCUGGAAGACAUUAUCAAUUACCGCUGGGAACUGGAAGAAGGGAAGCCCAAUCCACUGAAGGAGCACCCGUUUGAGGAGCUACCACCCCGCACACAGGUGGAGCUUUUGCACAGACUCUGUGACUAUCGUCUUGAUGCUGCUGAUGUCUUCGACAGGCUCAAGGGCCUGGAUGCAGACAGUUUGCGUGUUGAGCCUCUGGGCCAGGAUGGGAACGGGGCCCUCUAUUGGUACUUUUACGGUACACGGCUCUACAAAGAGGAGCCAGUUGAAGCAAUGUCUCCACAGUACAGUGACUUUUAUGACAAAAUGUCUGAGAAGAAGAAAAGAGGGAGGCCACCAAAGAAAAAGUCUGAGGAUACUGAUGUAUCGAUGGAGGAGGAAGGAGAGGACUCUGUGAAGGAAGAGGAUGAAAGUGUCGAGGAGUCUAAACCUGGAAUAGAGCGCGAGCGUGGGGUCUGGUCUCUGGCGUGUGACACCGAGGAGCAGUGGGUCAAUCUGGCUGAAAGUAUUAAGGACAGAAUCUCACCUCAGGACAGACACCUGCACCGCAUUAUUACUCAGAACUUCCUGCCCGAGAUCAGUAACAUGAUUGAACACAAGGAGAAAGAGAUAAAGCAGAAGCUACUGAAGCCGCCUGAGGAACACAACAGCCACAUUGAACAACAUGGCACUAAAGAAAAUGGGACACGAGCCACAAUUGAGGUGGAGAAACAGAAGGAGGAAGACCUGGAAAGGCAAGUCCUACUCGCUGAACAACGGAAAGAAGAAGAGAGACUGCUUCAGGAAGAACGGGACAGAGAAGAGCAGGAGCGAGUCAAAGCUGUCGAGGAGCGUGCGCGUAGAAGGAAGCAGCGAGAGGAGAAGGCCUGGUUGCUUUCCCAAGGGAAAGAACUUCCCCCUGAACUGCUAAAUCUGGAGACCCACUCACCUAUUCGUCGAGCACGUCGCACCAAAGAGUUUUAUGACAUGGAUGACGAUUACACUGCUCUUUACAAAGUGUUGGAGGCACUCAAAGCUCACAAAGACGCAUGGCCCUUCAUGGAGCCCGUUGAUGAGUCAUAUGCCCCCAACUAUCAUGAAAUCAUACAGACUCCAAUGGACCUGUCCACCAUUGAGAGAAAGCUGAAUGAUGGGGAGUACGUUGCUAAGGAUGAGUUUGUGGCUGAUGUAAAGCUUAUGUUUGAGAACUGUCUGGAAUACAACGGAGAAGAGAGUGAAUACACAAUAAUGGCUGAGUCCUUGGAACGCUGCUUUACCCGAGCCCUGCUGAAGCACUUCCCCUCUGAGGAUGGCGACACAGACGAGGAGUUUCAUGUGAGCAGUGAGGACCGUGAUCGCAAGGAUAAGAAAAAGAGCAAAAGUCACAAACAGUCAGGUCCUGAGAGCUUGAUCAGAGCCACUGAGCAGGUUCAAAAACGUAAAACGUCCAAUAGUGGCAAGGGAAACAAUCAGCAACAAGACAAACUCAAAUCCGCUUUACAACCCCCUCCCCCACACUACAGCAAUGGUCCCCCAUAUCCUCAUAACAUCUACCCAGGACAGCAACAGGCUGGCAUGUUACAUCCUGCUCAACAGUUUCAACGACCUGGAGGUCCUUCAGGACCAGGGAUGUAUGCUCAACGUAUGAUGAUUGAUCCCCAGUAUCCAUAUCCUGGACAGAGGCCCCUCAUGUCCAGGCCACCGGGGGACCAUGGAACCCAGCAUAUACCUCACUACAACAUGCAGGGUUCCCACAUAAAUGGUCCACAUCUGGGUCCCAGAUACCCAGCUGGACCUGAUGGCCGGCCGCUUCAAGCUCCACAUCAGCAACAUUCCUAUCCUGGUCCCACUCAUGGUCCUUCUCUUGGACCAAGGCCAAUGGCCCUUCAGCCUGGAGGCCUCUGUGCCCCUCCACCUGAAGGCAACAUGUACCCUUCACGCCAACAUCCAGAAGGGCAGUCCAUGCAGCCUGUGGGGAACCGGUACUCCAGCCCAGGUGUCCCAAUACAUAGUUCCUACCCUCCUUAUGGCCCCCAUGGCAUAAACAUGCCCAGGAUGUGGCCACCCAUGAACCAUCAGGGGCAGCCGACACCUGGUGGACCUAUGAUGCAAGAACAAAGUGCGACUAACCAACAUCCAUACAAUCACAACAUGGUCCGUCCUCCACACAGUACUGGUUAUGCAGUGACAAAUGGUCAAUAUAGAAUGCCCUCUGUCAACUCCCAAGGUCCUACUGGCCAAAGACUACCAGGGGCCCCUCAGGUCUCAAGGCCACAUUUGGCAUCCAUGCUUGAUAGUCCAGAGAUGAUCGCCCUCCAGCAGCUCUCGACCUCAUCAACUCAUCAUGUUGGGAACUUUCAGUCCACCCCACAAAGUGGUGGUAAUGCUUUAGUUUCUGCUUCACUGUCUUCUCCUGAAAACCAUCUUCUCAGACCUUCUAGAGAUUGUGUUGCAGACAACCAGCAUGCUCCCAUAUCCCCCAAAGGUUCAAGUCCAAAAUCUGGUGAUAAACAGUCAACUGAGACUGCUCUGACCAAGGCUGACAGCCAUUCUCUUCCCAAUCCAACAGAAACAUCUGAGCAUCCUUUACUAGGAACAGCUUCGGCAUCUGUGUCCACUCAAAGUGCGGAAGGUCCCAAUCAUAAUGAAGAAAGACAUAGACUGUCAAAUCCAGAGGAAAUCCACAAUGGUGACCACCCAAAUUCUCAAACCCAACCAGGUUCCCUAAAGCAAAAAUUUGCAGAUGAUUCUUCAUUUCCCCAAAAUGGUCCUCAGCCAAUGACCCAUAAAUCCCCAGAUGAAACUCCCCAGCACCCCUCUCUACAAAUCCAUAAACAUGUUCCACCACAGUUUCUUCAGAAUGGUUCUCAACGUCAGUCUCAGAAUGUUCCACCACAUAUUCUACAGAAUCUUCCUCAACAGAUGCCACAAAAUGCAUCUAAUCAGUACUUUCAGAACGGUUCACAGCAAAUACCACACAACGGAUCUGUCAGAGGCCCACAGGCAGGACCUCUUCAUGGAAUGCCACAGAUUCCACCUCAGGGGGGUCAGCCAGGUGUUUAUCAGCCUGCAACUCUCAGCUCUCUACCUCCUAGCCACCCUGUAUCCCAUCCACUUGCUCAGCCCUCUCCGGCUGAUCAGGGAGACCAAAGGCCUUGUGAGCCUACCAGCAGGAAAGUAUCAGGUGAGAGUACAGCUUCCCAAGACAGCAGCAAUGCUAACAUGAGGACUGAUUGUACCAGUGGGCUUUACAAACAACAGCCCUUCAGUCCAAAGUCACAAACCCAGCUGGGAAGGCAGGAGCCAGCACCCCUUCACAAUCAGGCUCCUCCAGCACACUCUCAGGGUCCAGAGAGCAACACUGUGGCCCAAUAUGGUGUAAGUGAGCCAGCACACCAACACUUUGGUCCACAGAUGGGUAGACCUUUACACCCGUCAAAUCACCAGCCUUAUGCAAACCAGGGACCUCCAUCACAGGGUAAUAACCCUCAUCAAAAUCCUGUACACUAUCCUGGUUAUCACCAGCAAGGUGUCCCAUACCAGUAUCGCAUGGCUACACAACAUCCUCAGGGCCAUCCCAGCAUGCAUCCUCAGUUCCAGCAGCAUCAGCAGUUCUAUCAGCACCACCGACAUGGCAGACCUGGAUUUUCACCUGAGGAGUGGCCUAGACCUCCAUACCAGCCUCAACACCCAAUGAUGCCCAAUUCUUACCCAUCACCAUCCGUUGGAAGUUUUAAUGGACGACACAAGGACAAUAGCAUGUCUCCACAUGGCUCAGAUGGAUCUGGUGGGAGCUUAAUGUCACCCAGUCCUUUACCCGAUGGGUCUCAUAGCAGUGCAUUGGAGAAUAGAGAGGAUGGCAGCCCUGCCAAGCAAGCAAGAACUGAAGAGCCUUCUGAACGCUCAGAGAGCCCAAAAGAGAUCUUGGACCUGGACAGCCACAAUGCUACAGCUCGACAUCGUACUACAGCUCAGCUGCACCCCAGUUUCCCAUAUGGGCCUCGUGGCAUGCAUCCCAGCAUGCAGCAAAGUGGUGCUCAUCCACCCCAUAUGAUGGGAAGUGGGCCGUAUUCUGGCCAGCAGUUUACCAGUGCACAUUUUGCACCACAGCAUCCUCAUCCACAUUUGAUGGAAGCUUUACAGAGGCCCCAGCACCUGCCUUUCUCUCCAGGUCAAACUCGAAUGGCUAUGUACAGGCAUCCAAAUGUUGCAGGGCACUUCCAGGGAAUGAUGGUUCCUCAAAGAGCAGUGGUUGCAGAACAGUUACUUCGCACUGGGCACCAAAUGUUGGGUACGCCAUCUCCCAAUGGCCCAGGCAAUAAACAAGGAGUAUGAAGGUAAAAAAAAAAAAUAUUUCUUUGGCAACCCAAGGAUAAUGAACACCACCUACAACACUGCUAUGUCCUGGAAUAUACAAGAAAAUGGAGACCACAGGACCAAUUAGGAAGACUGAUUGUGAUUAUUUGCUGGAAAAAGGCAAGUUAUUGUACCAAUUGGAGCCCCGAUCCUACCCACUUAGAAAAGAGGCUUGCUCAGUAACCAUUGACCAGUGAAGAGCAGUGAAUCUUCAGUCCUGUUAAUACUGUUUAUACUCCAAUAUACUGGUCUGCAGCUUCUCUUCUCAGCCUGGAAUGUCUUUGGACUCAUUCCCUACGAAGGAGCAACAUCUCCAAGCUCCUUUGCAUGGGCUGUUUCUUAGGAAGUAAAGAAACUGAAUUUCCUGCCAAUGAGAAGAGCAAGAUGCCAUUUGCCAGUUGGUGUUCCAUUUCAAAGUUCAAACUCAGGUGUAGUAAAGAACGUACUGAGACUACUGUAGCUUUUUCCAAGCUCUAUGGACAGACUAGACUAUGUUGACUUGUUGAAUGUUCUGUGAAUGAUUUUAGAUGUAGUAAUUCAACUCAAGGAAUAAAAGAUGGAUCUUCUGCUCCACUGGGAAACACCACACCUGGAGUGUAUUAACGAGGUGGUGUUCAUCUCAACUAAAGCAUAGUAUCCACUUUAUUUCUGGUGAUGUGCAUUCUUUUAAUGCCACUUCAAUUUGAAGAUUGUCUUUGAUUUUCUUAGACUGGCAGAGAAUUUGGCUGCUCUAUUUGUUAUGCACUAGGAAUAGUCUUUCAUACUGGAAUGAGUGGCCUUGGACUUAAAUUAGAUGUGUGCUUCUUAGUAUGGGACUAAAUUCUAACUUUUCACUUAAGUUGUCUCUAUCUCUGAUGUGUUGUGUCCUGCUAGAUUAUGUGUGCACAGAAUGAAUCAGAUUUCAGAUACAGACACAGCUUUUGGGAUUCCUUGAAGGCUGGUUUGUCACCUGAUAUCAUUGAUCAUCAAUCUUAAAAUGUUUUUCACAUAUUGGAAUGUAAAUUGAAUUUGUCACAAAAAAUAACCAGCUGGGGUCACAAUACUAACAAUGCAUUGGAUGAGAGAGUAUCAGCCUUUACACUGACUUGUACAAGUACCCUUGUAGCUCCUUUUAUCAAAUGGGAGAAAUGUCAAUGUGCUCAUAUUUUACAUAAAUGCUUCUUCUUUUAAUUCAAUUUACUGAAUAUGUCCUCAGGGUGUAGUUUUAAUACGGGUAUUGUCAAAUGAAUAUUCAGUGAAAAAAUUACAAUGAAAUGUCACUGGAACUGUGAUUAUCGUCAAUUCAUCUGUGAUCUUCAGUACAGACACAGGAACCAGACAAGCAGUACUUGUGGUUAAUGUCAUUUGUCACACUGUUCUUUGAAUUAGUCUAAUAUUUGUUUUAAAUGCUUUUUUUUUUUUUUUUUUUUUUUUUUUUUUUUUUAAUGGGGGAGGAGGGCUGAAUGGAAAACGGAGUAGAAUAGUUUUAUUUUCAUUGCUCCUAUUGUCCUGCACUAAAUGAAUUACUUUGAAUAUCUGCUUGUUUUUUAUGUGUCUGCUUGUGAUCUGUCUGAAUUACUAUUUUAUUCCGCUCAUCAACAAAACAUCAAAUAGUAAUGGCAAUUUGUGAGAAUAUGGCAGCAAGAAUAUCUACCUCAUAAUGCCAGAAUGUGGCACAUUCUCUGUUUCCUGUCACAGAUGCAUGUAAAGAUCUUUUUUUUUUUUUUUUUUUUGUCACUUGUUUGUACUCUGAAAUACACUUUUUCAUGAUUGACGGCUUGAUCCUUAAAUCAACACUAUAGCCUUAAUAUAUCCACUCGCAAAACCGAAUGGUCAUUAUUAAUUUAUCAGUGCCAAGUUUGAAAAUGAUUAAAACAUCUGCAUUCCACUUUUUGAAUGUUGGUGUUUACAACCAUAAGUGAAAUGAAGGCAGCAUCCUAGGUUCAAAUUUUUGCCCUCAUUUUGUUGUAUGGAAUCCACACUUUAAAGAGGAAAAGAGGUUGUGCACCUUGUACGAAGGAUUUGACAGUGAUUUUUGUGGUACACUGAGAUCUUUUGUCCCAGAAACCUGUGAUGGUGCAUAAUGUUGUGCGAGUAUUUUUGUGGACAUGUGAACUGUUUAUAUGUAUUUUAUGAACUAGGGAUAUAUAAAUACUAGCAGCUGUGAGUUGACAUGGACGUUGUCCACUAUUUUGUACUUGUCUUAGCUCAUAAGUGAAGUUGUAUCACUUUAGCAGUCUGUCAGAGGACUGUCCUGCUCCACUGUUAAUAUGUAAAGGGAUGAUUUAGUUGUAAUGAACUACGAGAAUGUUUGAAUUUUGCUGUGUACAGAUGUUUUUAUUUUUUUCAUUUACUUAUUGGUGGGUAUUGGGUAACAGAUCUGUAUCUCUUGAAAUCCACCCUUCAACAUCUCUGCUGCCAUCUAUUCUGUCUGUACUAGUUAAGUAACUAGCUGGUUUAAUGUGAAUCAUAUUUAUUUGCUCUUAUGUUUUGUAAAAAUGUUGUCUUUUUAAUAUAAAAGUGUUUUCUUUUCAUGUUUGUUUUGAAACGGUUCACUUUACCUCAUUAGCAAAGAUGGAAUCCAAAACGACACCUGUAACUUUCAUUAUGUGAAGUUUACAAGUUCUUACCUGAAUAACAAAUUAUUUUGGAAAUGGACCGAAGUAUUUUCUAUACUGUACAUUUCUUAGAAUAAAUUACGUUUCAUUAGA